AUGACGAAGAUCCACUAUACAAAAAACCCCGAUAACAGCACGAAGUCGUGCAAGGCCCGUGGGUCAGAUCUCCGUGUUCACUUCAAGAACACCCACGAGGCAGCGAUGGCUCUGCGCGGAAUGCCACUGAGACGUGCUCAACGUUAUCUGGAGAAUGUGAAAGAACAGAAGGAGAUUGUUCCCUUCCUCCGCUACAACGGUGGUGUAGGACGUAAGGCUCAGUGCAAGCAGUGGAAUACCACUCAAGGACGUUGGCCGAAGAAAUCGGCGGAGUUCCUUUUGGAUCUGCUGAAGAAUGCUGAGAGCAACGCCGAAUACAAGGGUCUUGAUGUUGAUCACCUCGUUGUUGACCAUAUUGUUGUUCAGCGAGCUGCCAAGAUGCGCCGACGAACAUACCGUGCUCACGGACGUAUCAACCGUAAGUCGAUUACUCGAGUAAUUCAAAGUUUUUCAUUUUGAUU